AUGACCGUCUAUGCCGAUCAGACCAAAGGAACGGCAUUCAGCUCAGUUUCGGCCUGGCAGAAGGUUCGAUACUGCCAGGUGAUCGACCCGAUCUCACAGUCCCAAUCCCCUCCUCUGAUAACAUCAACAGUGAAGGAACUCUUGGAAACCAAACCUUCAAUGGACCAGCAACACCGACCGGGAUCUGUACCCCAAGCUCACGUGAUGGAUCAUCGAUCUCGCGCCCGAUUGGACCGCCUGACCGCCCUGACCGAGGGAAAUGCGGUUGAGAAGGAGAAAAACAAAAUAUCGAGGGAAAUCUUGAAGAUUGAGCAGAAGAAGUUGUUGCUGAGGGAACAAGACUUGGUGAUUCAAGCAGCCCACAAACAGAGUGAGACCCAAAUGAACGAUUACAAGCUGCUCCGCGAUUUGACCAAUGGACAGGAAGACACCGAGGCCAAAGAGGUACUCGCAAUGAUGAAGAAAAAAAUCAUUCACAAAUGGCUUUCCUCUUAA